AAAAAUAAUUAAAAUAAUUAUAAUCUCGAAGCAAAAGAACAAAACAAAAAAAACUAAUAAUCGAAUUAAACGUAAAUCAUAAGUAUAGAUAAUUUAAAAUGAGUCCGUCCGUUUCGAAAAUAAUUAAUUAAUGCAUAGAAAGAAAACAUUAUAAAAAAAAAAUCAAUUUGAACUCAAGCAGUUUAUUAAAUGGCGUCAUCAGCAUAAAAUGUGUUUAACAGGAAGGAAAGAAAAACGGAACACCAUAAACACACUCGAGUAAACCAUCAAAGAGAAGAAGAAAAAAAAAAAAGGGAGCGAAACAAACAAAAAAAGCAAAAAAAAAACAAAAACAAAUUAUAACAAUUCAACUCAGUUAAUCAAUUAAGUGAAAAUAUAUUUGAGUAUAAAAUUAAACUUAAUGUGUUUACCCGAAGACAUAAUCAACAUUUCGUUAUUAUCUUCAUAUCGUUAUACAUAUAUAGUUGAACUGGAAAUCAUUGAAAAAUGUGAAAAAUAUUUGACAUAACCGUACGCAUGAAUGAUUACUCAUAUCAAACAAGAUAUCAAUAAGAAAACCUUAAGCGUUUCCUUUUUUUUUUUUUUGUUGUUAUUUAUGCACUUAAAAAAUGAACAAAUUGAACAAAUGUACGUAACAUACGUAACACACACCCACACAUAAAAAGAAAGACCAGAAGAAGAAAAAGAAGAAGACGAAGAAGAAGAAGAGAGAAAAAGAAAAAACCAAACUAUAAUUCUUUUUAUUUUUCGGUUUUACUCUUGUACUAUCAUUGUUAAGUUCUUUUCAUCAUAAUAAAAAACAAAAAAAAAAAAAUCAUAACAAAAAUUCUCUAAAAGGUGUGUUCGUUCCUACACGCAUAACAUAUUAACAGGAAAACGAAUAAAAUGAAUAAAGCCAUAAAGCAUUGAAAUGUUUUAUAUGCUGAUGAAAUUGUGUCAGCAAAUGUGUUAAAAGCAAAAAAGCAAAAAAAAAAAAAAAACAAGGAAGAAAAAAAUAAUCGCCAUUCAAACACGUAGACAAUGACUGCUACUACAUCGCCAUCAUUGCAAUCAUCACUAUUUUCGCCAACAAAGAGGACAAUGCUCGGCUUUUGUAAAAAUCACAAAACAAUGGGUUCGAUUCUUAAAAUACAUUUACAACAAAUGCAUUUCUGGAAUUUUGCAGCAGCAGCUCUAUUUUGUCUAAGUACAGCUGUUAGUCAUGCCGAAGUCGUUACAAAUUUUGAUGUAAUCGCGUCAGAGUAUACAAGCAGCUCGGCAUUAUAUUCCUCAUCAUUAUCAUCACCAGCCUCUUCCUCUUCAUCAGCGGCAUUAACAUCAGCGACGUCAAUGUCGUUCUCAGUGCCAGCGCCGUCAGUGCCAGCGGCUUUGACAGCUGACACAAUUCAAACUUCUGCGUCAACAUCGGCAUUUGCGGAGCCAUAUCUUGAAGGUUUUGCCACAACGAAUAUUACCACACAGAUUGGUACGCAUGCAUAUCUGCCAUGCCGGGUCAAGCAACUCGGAAAUAAAUCAGUUUCCUGGGUACGUGUGCGUGAUGGUCACAUACUCACCGUUGACAGAGCUGUCUUCAUAGCCGAUCAACGUUUCUUAGCUUUAAAACAACCAGACAAAUUCUGGACUUUGCAAAUCAAAUACGUGCAAGGACGUGAUGCUGGUGCUUAUGAAUGUCAAGUGUCAACAGAACCUAAAGUUAGCGCCCGGGUGCAUUUACAAGUAGUUGUUCCUCGUACUGAAAUUCUCGGCGAUCCCGAUCGUUAUGUUAAAGCUGGCAGCACUGUAAUUUUACGCUGUAUAGUACGGGGUGCUUUAGAGCCGCCCACGUUUAUUAUGUGGUAUCAUGGCAUCGACCAAUUGGCUGCUGAUUCCAAGCGUCAUAAAACUACACUUGACCGCAAUAUAUCCGAAUUUGAAAGUGACGCUCAUAGUACGAUCGGUUCAUUAAUCAUUGAAUCAGCGAAAAAACGUGAUACCGGCAAUUACACGUGUAGUCCGUCAAAUAGUCCCAGUGUGACUGUAACACUAAAUGUUAUAAAUGGUGAAUCUUCUGCCUCAGCGGUUACAUCGUCAGCGUCGGUUACAAAAAAAUUUUAUUCAGCUUGUAGCCUAGCUUUAAUAUUUGGUUUAAUAAUGAUUGGGGGCUAUCGCACAUGACCAGCUUAGAUGUCUAAAGUACUCUAAAGUGAAAUAGCGACAGCGAUAACACAACAACAACAAAAGACAACAUCUGCCAACCCUUAAAAAAAAAAAAUAAAUAAAUAAAUAAAUAAA